AUGGAGAAUGAGAACAAAAAAGGCAAGCAAAAAAUUGAAAUGAAGUUGAUUGAGAAUGAGAGAGCACGUAUGGUGAGUUUCUCAAAAAGAAAAAAAACUUUGUUCGAGGAUGCACAUAAGUUUGCAACUCGGACUGGAGCAGAUGUUGGUGUUAUGCUAUUUUCACCAAGUGGAAAACCAUAUUCUAAUGAUUCCGCAACCAUAGCAGAUAUAAUUGAUAGAUUUCUCAAAGUGAAACAGGAGGAUCACAAACGUGAUUAUGCUGAGGGAGAAUCAAAUGGUUUCGAGGCAUUGAAAGAUCUCCAUAAAGAAUUACAAGCAUGGAACGACAAAGAGAAAAAACGAAAACUAAUGCAUAAGAUUAUGCACCCUAGCUUAGAAAUACCUUCAGAUAAACACAUGGAGGAGCAGAAGCUAGCAUUGAAGUUGAAGGUAGAGAAAUUUAAAAAUGAAAUACAAAGUGCUAUUACGACUGAGCAUCUAAAGUUUGACCUAAAUGUCGUUCCUGAUCCAGAAGAGUAG